AACAGAUGGACCUCUCGUGCUCUCCUCCUCCUCCUCCUACCAGCUCCUGGAUGCACGGCUGCACGCGCCCCGCUGAUUGUUUCCAAAGGCAGGAGAACGAGCGAGUUGUCCAAGGAGUUCUAACCGUUAACGGUCAGUUCAGCAGAAACGACCGGAAGAGGGGAGAAGACGACUGAGGAGAUCCGCGUUAAGUUGCACUCAGAAGAAAAGACCCUCUGGGAUCAUUGACACCUGCUAAUACCUAAGGAUACGCACAGAGACUGCCUGCCUACAAGCUUUGGCUGCUUCUCCUCACAGACAGCUCCUUCUCUGGUGACUCAACAUCUCAUAGUCUUCACCACGCUCCUCUCAUGCUCACUGAGAAUGGAUGAUAUACAGGACGGGGUUCAGAUCGGAGAGAACAAGUUCAUCAGCAAGGCAACGGUCCUCUCACAUCUCAAAACUUACAACCUCUAUUAUGAAGGGCAGAAUCUGCAGCUGAGGCACAGAGAAGAAGAGGGGGAGCUGAUUGUUGAGGGCUUACUGAAUAUCUUUUGGGGCCUGCGGCGACCAAUCAGGCUACAGAUGCAGGAUGACCACGAGCGAAUCCGGCCGCCCCCCUCAUCCACAUCCUGGCACUCGGGUUGCAAUCUGGACAGUCAAGGCACUCCCACCACCACAGAUGGUCAGCAGCAGAGCUCACCCACAGUGGAAGUGACGCCACCUGAUGGCCAACCAGAGGACAACGGUGUGACUGAAGAGCAGACAGAAGAAGAGGACAAUGAGAGCUCCUCUCAGCUCCUCAGGACAAAGAGCGACGCCGGCGUCUUGAGACGGGGCCAGCGACGGUCACCGAGCGACCAGAGGAAAAUCCGACGUCAUCGAUUCUCAAUCAACGGACACUUCUACAACCACAAAACAGCAGUGUUUACUCCUUCUUAUGGUUCAGUGACUAAUGUUCGGAUCAACAGCUGCAUGACCACGCCGCAGGUGCUGCGAGUUCUCCUAAACAAGUUCAAAAUUGAAAACAGCCCUGAGGAUUUUGCGCUGUACCUGGUCCAUGCAAGUGGAGAGCGAGUGAAACUGAAGCGGAGUGAUUAUCCUCUGUUGCUGAGAGUAAUCCAGGGCCCGUGUGAGCAGGUCUGCAAAGUUUUCCUCAUGGAAGAAGACCUCGGAGAAGAAGUCACAUAUGAUGUGGCGCAGUAUAUCAAGUUUGAGAUGCCCGUCCUCCAGAGUUUCAUCACCAAGCUAAAGGAAGAGGAGGACAGAGAGGUGCAGAAACUCAGGAGAAGGUACAACUAUCUUCGGAAUAUAAUCGAGAAGCAGCUCCGUUGUCUUCCAGAGGGGGCAAAGUGUAUGUGAUCUGGUCAUGGUGGGGACUCCCUCCCCCACACCAAAUUGUUACCACAGCUGCCAAGCCGCGACCAAGAGAAUGACCAAGAAUCAGCCGACAAGAGCAACAUGUACGUGUUUCACUGACUGUCCUGCUUCUCUGAAGUCCUGCCUCUGAACAACCCACCAUCAGUCAACGCACAGACAAAACUUUAACAUGCUAAAUCGUGCACAUGUUGAGUGUGACCAUCUCUGUGAUACUGACGGUCGUGACAGCUCGCACUCUUUCUUUUUUUUUUUUUUUCUCACUCUGCUUUUCUUUACCCCAAACGGAGCACACAGACAAACGUCUAGUAUGUUUUUAAACCUUUUUUUUUUUCAGUGCAUUAGCCUGCAGAAUGAGCCUAAAAACGUCCUGUCUUCUGCUUUCUCUGCAGAACGUAUUCAAAAUCAGUUUAAAGCACAAACAUCAUCUUAUUAUAGUGUCUAUUUUAAAGGUUUCUCCAAGCACAAAACACACAAAAGUUGGUGGCAUAUUUUGAAGCUGAUGUAAAAAUUUAAAGCCAAGUUGUUGUUUUUUUUUUGUUUGUUUGUUUGUUUUUUUUUUUGUUUGGAUGUGAAAUCUGCAAGUCCACAAGCAAAAGAUCAUAACCCCCAAAAACUGAUGCCACUCACUUCCCGUUUGAGAAUUUAAGUCUGAAGAUUCACUGCAGGGAUUAUUGAACGUCAGUCUGUUAGUGGCAGCCUUUGCUUCCUGUUCUGCUCCAGGCACACAGACCAUGUUUAUCAUAUUAUGAUGCACUUACACAGUGUUUGGCAUUUGGCAGCAGCGGGUAAGCCUGCAAAGGGAUGGAGAACAGCCAGCCUGGAAAUGUGGAGUGGUCUCAAGGUGACAAAAACAAUUAACCCGAUGGAUUUGAAGGAAAUGAAGGAGUAUGGAGGCGUAUUUCCUGCACGGCACAUAAAGCCUCCACAACGGGAAUUUGUUUUUCAAACUUUGUGUUUUUGUAAGAUUUAAACAAAUGAUGACCAGCUGGUGCUGGUAGGUAGAUUAUUCUUACCGGUCCAGUCUUUGUCCUGCUCACUGCAGAUUCAUAUUUACUAUAUGAACGUGAGAUCUGGUGAAGCUCUAGCCAAACUCAGCAUGAAAUCCGAUCCUAAAAUUCUCCCAAAAUACCAGACUGCUCCUUGGAAUAAUGUGACUGUUUGAGCCACUUAUUGUUUCUACAUGAAUUACUGCCUCAGUCUGAAAGUUUACCUGACAUUAACCCGAUUGCACAAAAAUGACAAAACACAAUAGUCCCACAAGACUGUGAAUUUUCUGGAAAAUGUUUUAAAUGUAUGAAUGAGCAUUUCAAAGCAGUAUCAUUUCCCUCCACGUGUACAGCACUUUGUCUCAUUUCGCCUGCGCGCACACAGCCCAUCGGUUCAGUAUUUCUGACACACAGUGGACGAUACCCCGAAGGUUGUGUGAGAGCAUGCGUGUUGUAUUUUUAGUGACUCCUAAGACUUGCCUGCUUUUGUAUUGUCUUUUACAAAGUAAUGAAGAAAUUUUAGCCUUUAAAGUGUUAACUCAUGCCACUACUUUGUGGACAUUUUCGUACAAUGAUUAUUUAAUAAA